UCAAAAUAUGACAUGAGCUGUGGCUGCGCAUGUCGUCGUGUUUACCACUAAAUCAACCGUCGCAAAUCCAACUUUCCCAGCACCUGUGCCUUGUGAGAUGUCUCGGAAAUCUUAUCAACAUAAAUCUGGGAGAUUAUUUUCUGAUGACCUGUCUUCUAUACCAGAUAUUGGAACUCAACAAGGAUAUGAAGUGACUUCUCAACAAUCUCCAGAGAGGGCAGCAGACAUGAAUACAUCUCCAAUGAGUCACCAACUGACAAGUGAGGAGAGAAAACAUUAUGACAGAGCUUUAAGAGACAUGUGUAAGAUCAUCAAAGCAAGUAGUAGAAGACUUGGAGAUGUAUCACCACAGACUGACAAAGAUGAGAGAUUUUUGAGGUCGAUGAAGCAGAGGAUGUACCAGGACAGGCAUACAUUGUCAGAGGAACUUGCAACACUUUCUGAUCCAGAUGUAACCCUUCAGAUUGGAGCUUCAUAUGAUGAGAGAACCUCUAAUGGCUUGGGUCUCACAAGAAGAAGAAAACAUGAUCUAUAUGACCAUGUGGAUGAGGACUAUGAGGAGGAGGAGGAGGUAGAAGAUGAUGAUUACCAGGAUUAUAGAACAAGUCCACCCAGCACACAGAAGUAUCGUAAAGCAGGACGCAGGGACGAUGAUGACCGCUUGAGCCCAGGAAAGUCAUCUGGACAGGUUGCGGCUGUUUAUGCAGAACUGGUUACCAUUAGCUCUAAACUUCAGAAGCAGAACAUUGCCCUUCAGAAGAGGGAGAAAGCAUUGGAAAAACGAGAACGAUCUCUUCAAAAUCUGGAAGAAACGCUUCAGACUGACCAUUCAUCUAUCCGUCAAGCUUACAAAGAUUUCAACAACAGAUGGCAUAAACUGGAAGAGGAGCACAGGAAACAGGUUAAAGAGUUAGAGGAUACCAUCAAAGAAAGAACCAAAGAAAAUAAAAGACAGAAAGAAUCAUUUGACACCCUGAAGCAGGCCAACGAUGGAUUAAGAAAUCAGCUUGACAAGGUGGAGGAGCAGAACAAAAAGCUUGAAUCCCAAGCCAUCAGUCUUCAGAGCCGCUUGACCAACCUACUGAGGAAACAGGAACUGACCAGUCGACAGAGAGACCAAGAGAGCAUGGCGGUCAAGGCAAAGGUUGAGACGGUCAAGCGACGGGUCGAUGGGUCAGCACAGAAAAGUGUUAUGUCAAGAAGCACAAAGCAAUCAUCUGGACUAUAUGAUGCAUUAGGAAUACUUCUUGAGUGGGUCAGUGAAGUCCAUCUACGGCAUUACUCUGAUGAUCCAUCCAAACCUUUGGAAUCCAUGCCUUCGCAAGCACUUACUCAUGAUAGAUGCAUAAGGAUUUUACCAUCAUUAGUUGAAGUCCUUGGACAGCUUCCAUCACAGGCUGCUAAAUUACAUCUCCCUUGUCUUCAAUUUAUCUACUGGUCACUCUUAUGCCUACAGUCAUCAGAUAAACAGCAAAUCAGUCUGUCAUCAACAUAUCGUCGCCUUGGUGAUGAGUUGUACCGCCCUCAGGUGGUCAGGUUCGCGUCUGAUCGAGAUAAGACUAGCCCUGAUCCUGCUCAGACUGAGAAACCCAAGUCAGCAAUAUUCUUCAAAAGUACUAACCUUCAUAUUAGAUUCCUCUCCUCUCUCAUCAUUAUGAAGACUGUCACUCAAGUGGACUACUUAGCUAAUGUCUUUGAUGUGUUCCGGUGUGAUCUGAAGGAUGAUAGAGCUAAGGAGUUGUAUCUCCGCUACCAAGCCACGCCCCUCAUUCUCUCUCAUCUUAGAGCGAGUAACAGAGCUAUUACUGGUUGUGCUGUGGAUAUCUUCUUACAGAUGUCUAUGGAAUCAAUUUUUAUGCAGCAGUUUUUGUAUAGCUGUUGUAAUGAUGUCUGGUUUAAGUCUUGUGCUGCCCUCUUGAGUUCAUCGGGAAUGGAUAUCAAGGUCAUUGAAAAAUUGAGCAUUAUCCUCCAGAAGCUCUCCAAAAUCAAGACCAACAAGAAUUUCUUUGACUCCUCUGGUACCUCUGUCAUCAUUCAAGAGAUGUCAAGAUCAAGGGAAUGUCAGGAGAAUGCUUUCCUUGCCCUCAACCUCCGUUCUAUACUCUUCAAUCUCAACCUUCUAAAACCCAGCUCUUCCACAAGAUGAAAGCCACCAUCAAAGCAACAACAGAAAGCAGAAAGAAUACCAGUUUCUAAGAAUUAUUUUGUCAGAGCUUCUUCUAUAUCCGCUUCAACAUCAACCUUCUUAAAAUUAUAGUCCUAAUUUUGGGAUGCCAGCCACCAUCACAGCAAGCAUUAGGAUUAUGCAGUAGUUGUGGAUACCAGAUUACCAGUACCACAUUCCAGAAUCCUAUACAUGAAGUCUCAAACUCUGUAACGUCAUCUUUAACCUUAACCUCCAAAACCCAGCUCUUCCACUAGAUGAAAGGAGAUGAAGGACACCAUAUAUACCAGUAUCAUUCAUAAUCCAGAAUCCUCUCGUCUGACACUCUUUUUUUUUAAUCCUCUUCAACCUUAACCUCUAUGAGAGCCACCAUCAGCCCAAGCAUCAAGACUACUAUUAUGCUGAAGUCAAUAACGGUAUAACGGACAAGAAUUCUUAAGGGAUGUGUUUUAUAAAGCUGUUCAUAAAGUUGUGCAAGCCUUUAUGAACAGCUACAGUUUAAUGCAAGUGCAUUUCUUCCCUUAAGAGUAGAUAUUUCAUUGCUCUUUACCGGAUUGCAUUCCCUUCACUAUUUUAAAUGAACUUUUCGUUAAAUUCAGCACAAGGUUACUACUGGCUGAAUACUUUGAUAGGAAAUCUACACCCAUGAAACAUGCAAAUAAAAUAGCAAAGUGCUAUUUCACCAAGCUUCAGGCUAUCAGCCUGUCUUUCUCUCUAGGAAGAUCUCUCACCAUUCCAAAUAGUUUCAUUGAGGAAAUUAGACUAGAAUCAAUAACACAUCGUUUUACGAGCCUCUGGCGUUGCACUGCUUCCAAGGAAUACAAACUAGGUCAAAACUUUCACAGUAUUCAUGUUGAUUUGACAGCUGUAAUAAGAAAAGUAUGCACAAAUUAGUCUCAAGUAUCUGUACUUGCACUCUAGUUGAAGAUUUUCAAUGUAUUUAAGGGUGUGUUGCUCUACAUCAUUGGAGUCUCCGGUGGGCCCUGACCUAAUUUCUUUUGCAAAUAAUCAAUGCUGUAUGGUAUGGUGUGACAAGUUUAAACAGAAGUUGAUGACCAAUAUAUAAAGAGAGAGAGAAGGGGUUUUAAUGGUCUAUUGUUUUUAUUCUCAAUUGUUGAUUGAUGAGAUUUUGUCAUUCUUGCUUUGGUCUAUUCGAUACUCAAGAGGAUAGUUGUGAUGAAUGUUGCCCUGUUUGUAUAGCAUUGAGUUGCAGGAAGCUGGGUUGGCUGAACUCAUAUAAUAUGAGUGCAACAAACUGAGCUGGAAAUGCACAUAAUGAUAUUUAGAAACAAGCAUUGCUGGGAGGAGAGGGAUGGGGAAGAAACGGGGGGGGGGG